CACCUUGUGGCCGUUUUGAGGGCGGCCCUGGGUCCGCGUUGGACCUGCCAUGGGGCCGUUUUUCCGUAAUUGUUUUGGCGCAGGCUGUACCAGCCGAACAUUCACUCGUGAAGUCCAGAUGCAUGCUCUCUUCAAGAGUGGGUGGUGUUGCGCUCACCAGAACGUCUUGUGGAAGCGUUUCUUGUACCUUGGAGAUGGCUUCCACGUCUGGUUCCCGUGGUGUCAGACCAUGAGCUUCCGGGUCGCGGCUAUUAUCGUACUCGGCCUCCUGAUUGUGGGGGACAUCGCUAUUCUGGCGCGAAGGUUGUCGGGUAAGACUGUUGAACAGAGCAGGCUUUGGUUUGGAACUACGUCCAGCUGUUCGAGCCCGAGCCUCCCAACGCGUGUGCUGGACGCCCCGCGCAGAAACCUCUCUGGCGCCGCGUCGCGCAGUGCUCGGGCGUUUCUGCUGGAGCAGCUGGGGCUGCGGCUUGUGCUGGAGCCGCAUGCCGCUGGUGCCGGGCCUUUCCAGGCUGGCCGCCCCACCUCGCUUCGGGUGCGCGCCCAGUUUGAGGGCGCCCCGAGCAGCAGCACGCCGUGCCCCUCGCUUGCCGAAUCCCUGACCCUGUGGGCUGCGCUCAUCGCCGAUGGCGACCAGCUCGACGAGCAGCUCGUGGAGCGCGCGGACGUGGAGGCUGUGCCCGCGGAGUGCGCUUGGCGUGUCUCCUUCUCGCCGCGGGAGGCCCGCGCCUACGAUUUGCACGUGCGCGUCCUGUGGGUGAACGCAACCGUCGAGCCAGCCUACGGCAGUUGCGUCGGCAACGCCGGCAACGGUAAGGGCUGGUGUUUGGCCGGGAGGCGGUUGGUGCAGCGGCAGGGGAGCUUCCAGGCAGGCCGUGAGGAGGUGAACCUGUCCUCGGCAGGUCACCCGCCGGAGUUCUGCUGCGACCUCUGCUCGAGCGACGAGCGCUGCUACGCUUGGAGCCUGCAGGGCGCCGUGUGCACGCUGCUGGAGGCAGGCAGCAGGAUGGUGCCGGGGAACUGCACGUCGGGCGUGCCGCGGAGCGAUUCGGACCAGUGGAGGUACCUCGGCGGCUGGAGCAUUCUGCAGGCCCCCAUCAAGGACGUGCUGCGCCACGCGGAGUCCCACGUCUGGGGAAGCCCCAUGGCCCUGGGCACGCCUCGGCCCGCGGCGGCCGCCGAGCUGCGGGGUCGGGCGGCGCCCUGCGCGCCGGGCGCGUGCGGUUACGUCCAGGGCCCCGGGCGGUGGCGCUUCGGCGGUCAGGCCCCCAACUUGACGGCCGACUGGGAGCCCGAGGCGGGCGAGCUUCCACGGUACACGCGAGACGAGGUGGGGCGCUGCUGGCAGCGCCAGGGCAUCACCAAGAUUGUGAUGGCAGGGGACUCGCUGGUCCGCGAGCAGUUCAACGGUCUUGGGUCGUACCUAGAAGAUAAUUUCGAGGCGAAGCGCAUUCAUGCUGACAGUUUCUGGUGGCGACGCCCAGACGGAAUCGAUGUGCAUGUCGAAUUCAUAUGGUUCUAUACCUUUUUCGAUAUUGCUCGUGCGUUUUGGUACAAUUCUGAACGGCGAGCAUCUCCUAGUGGCUUUAACGACUCGCUCGACGCGCAGCUGUUAGUCACAAACGUCAAUGCAGUAUGGCAGCUGUGGUUUGACUCUGACUGCGCCAUCGAGCGUCGGCUGCAGCAAUUCGUGCAUGCGAUGCGAGCUUUGCCGAAGCCUCAGCAGCGCAUCUUCAUCCAACUGCGCUGCCGUGCCUAUCCGAUCCACCGCCUCGCUGUGGAGUGUUCGGGCUGGGGGCGCUUGUGGGGUUGAGGGAAGGGGCACAUACUUUCCGCGCCGCCGUAGACUUUCCUGUAUGCUUCAUGUUUCCGGUGUUGAGGCCAUGAGCGAGAAUUGGAGCAAAUGUGUUUGUGCAUGUUGUAUUCGAUGCGUUGGGCCUGGCCUUUUACCCUGCAUGGGACGGACAAGGCAGCAAGCAAUCUAACCUGGCACGCGCGCGCAUACCAGCCGCAGUCAAGCGCGGUGGCGGAUCUCGGGGGUGUAUCCGCACGGCAUGAGGCAGAGCUACGUCUUCCCCCCACGCAUGGAGCGCCUGAACACGUUAGCGCAGCGGCUCCUGGGCUCGGUUGGGUUUCGUACCCUCGACGCCUACAACACCUCCAAGCUCGCUGGCAACGUCAGCGUCGACGGCAUGCACCUGAGAGGACCCGCUGCGCCAGUUCUCACUCGCAUGCUAAUAGGCAUGCUGUGCGGCAGUGGAGGCCAGAAGUGAAAGGAGGUCAGCGACUAUAUUCCCCCAUCUCUCCACUCCGGCUACCUACCAGUGGAGGGGGGGAGGG